GAGCAGGGGAACCUGGGAAGUGGGGAUGACACAGAUACCAAGUCCUAGUCUGAGCUGCCGCUACCUUUAGGAGAAGCAGCCCUGUCUGCGGCUCCCACUCUCAGAGGGGACCCAUGGUGUGGGGGGAGAUGGUGUCAGGGACAUGGGCACCAACCCCCAAGGGUCUCUGCUGCCGGCUCCUCUCUUCUCCAGGCUCUACUUUGCUUCAUACGGCCCGUAUCUCUUAGGGGACCCUAAGCGCCUAGGGAAGGACUCUGGACAUCCAUUUCUCAGGGAAGACUGCAACUCAGAGUGUGUCUCAGUGGGAAGAAUUUGAAACAAAAUCAGGACUCCGGCUGCGGCCGCCAUGGCGCAGGAGAAUGCCGCUUUCUCUCCGGUGUCGGAGGAGCCGCCGCGGCGCCGCGGCCGCCAGCGCUACGUGGAGAAGGACGGCCGCUGCAACGUGCAGCAGGGCAACGUGCGCGAGACCUACCGCUACCUGACCGACCUGUUCACCACGCUGGUGGACCUGCAGUGGCGCCUCAGCCUGCUCUUCUUCGUGCUCGCCUACGCGCUCACUUGGCUCUUCUUCGGCGCCAUCUGGUGGCUCAUCGCCUACGGCCGCGGCGACCUGGAGCACCUGGAGGACACGGCGUGGACGCCGUGCGUCAACAACCUCAACGGCUUCGUGGCCGCCUUCCUCUUCUCCAUCGAGACCGAGACCACCAUCGGCUACGGGCACCGCGUCAUCACCGACCAGUGCCCCGAGGGUAUCGUGCUGCUGCUGCUGCAGGCCAUCCUGGGCUCCAUGGUGAACGCCUUCAUGGUGGGCUGCAUGUUCGUCAAGAUCUCGCAGCCCAACAAGCGGGCCGCCACGCUGGUCUUCUCCUCGCACGCCGUGGUGUCGCUGCGCGACGGGCGCCUCUGCCUCAUGUUCCGUGUGGGCGACCUGCGAUCCUCGCACAUCGUGGAGGCCUCCAUCCGCGCCAAGCUCAUCCGCUCGCGCCAGACGCUCGAGGGCGAGUUCAUCCCUCUGCACCAGACCGACCUCAGCGUGGGCUUCGACACCGGGGACGACCGCCUCUUCCUCGUCUCGCCUCUCGUCAUCAGCCACGAGAUCGAUGCCGCCAGCCCCUUCUGGGAGGCGUCGCGCCGCGCCCUCGAGAGGGACGACUUCGAGAUCGUAGUCAUUCUCGAGGGCAUGGUGGAGGCCACGGGAAUGACAUGCCAAGCUCGAAGCUCCUACCUGGUGGACGAAGUGCUGUGGGGCCACCGGUUCACGUCUGUGCUCACCCUGGAGGACGGCUUCUACGAGGUGGACUAUGCCAGCUUCCACGAGACCUUUGAAGUACCCACGCCCUCAUGCAGCGCCCGGGAGUUGGCAGAAGCUGCAGCCCGCCUUGAUGCCCAUCUCUACUGGUCCAUCCCCAGCAGGCUGGAUGAGAAGGUGGAGGAAGAGGGGGCAGGGGAGGGGGCAGGCGGGGGAGAUGGAGCUGACAAGGAGCAGAACGGCUGCCUACCACCCCCCGAGAGUGAGUCCAAGGUGUGACUGGUUUUCUCCAAACCCCUGUGGCAGACCAGGGGGCUCGGCACAGGAACAUGGAAGCUGCAGAGAGGAGAGAGAAGAGGGAGGAGGCAGGCCAUGUCCCAAGGAAUAGCUUAAAGUUGGGAGAGGCUCACUGCGUCCAGGAUCCAGUAGCGAAGGAAGAAGCCCUGGCUUGAAGAGAAGAGAGGGUGGGAACGAGAGAACAUACCAGUC